AUGUUGUCUGUGUUAAAGGACUCGCUACCGUCGAUCAAUGGAUUGAGUCCGAUACCAAGGAAGUCCCAAAAGGGCUUUAUUGGCGCCAAGCGUUCGACUGCCGUAACUCGCAACUUUCGGUGUGUCUCAUUGUGUCUCCUUUGUCAUAAGGCUAACAUAUGCAUAAAGUCUGUCGAACUCAUUUGCGAAUGCCAAGAGCCUGCAAGCCCUGAUAAAAUCGUGCUAGAAUGCACAAAUCCGCAGUGCGGGAAGUCUCUGCAUGAGGAAUGUGUGUCUCACAAGAUUCUCAUGCAAGUUUAUGAGCGACUGGGCCUGGACAAGCCCAAUAUGAGCCAGUAUUUGGCUGGCAAGAAGCAGGAGCUCACAGCCACCCAUCCUCUCUCGCCUCCUAAUCCCGAGGAGAAAGAAACCCGGCCAACAAUUGAUGUCGGUUUCAACAAAACGAAUGAUGGCUUGCGCUGCAAGAAGGCUACUCACGAAACCGAUUGUGAGGUAGGAAGUCUUGUGGGUGGGCGAACGCCUUUCGGAGGUAUCGCCACCGYUCCAGCAAAGCAAUCUGCCAAGAAGGGCCAUAGGAAGGCGAGAAGGAAGACUGCAGGCCCUARACCAUACGAGGGACUUUUCAAGGCCACCCUCAAAAUGAAAGAUGGUCGCCCCACAUCAUGGGAAAUUCUCGACUUGCGCGAAAGCNUAUUAACUGAAUCACCAAUGCACCAGCGACGGCUACCCAAAGUGUGCUCCAGCCAGGAGGCUAGACGAGUCCGGAAGUUGCAACUCGAUAUGCUGGGAUAA